UAUGUUCACCGGUUGUCCACCACUAAAACUACCGGUUCCUAUACCUACUGUUAAUAAUAAAUUUACGAUGACAAUGGACUGUAAUCAGGGUUGUGAUUGUACAACCAGUGUAUUCACACCGGUAUGUUCGGCAGACAAGUCCACCACAUACUUCUCCCCCUGUUUUGCUGGAUGUCGUCAAUUAAACGGGACAUCCGGGACUUUAUCCGGGUGUUCAUGUCUGGACACUGGAGGUGUGGCCACAACCGGCUAUUGUCAGAGCGAUACAAAUAAUUGCGAUAAACUAUUGCCGUAUUUACUCGUCAUAGGAAUCGCAUCCAUCAUAUCGUCCACCGCCAGGACUGAGCUGUUGAUCCAAAUGAUAAGAACUUUGCGAUGGGACUCAUUAAUGGCUUUCAUUCCGUAUCCGUUGAUAUUCGGAGCGGUAGUCGACUCGACGUGUUUGGUAUGGGAGGAGAAGUGUGGAAAGACAGGUAACUGUUGGAUAUAUGACCAGGAUAAGUUCAGGUACUACCUACACGGCACGGCACUGGCAUUCAUAUGUGUUGGCUCAUUAAUGGAUUUGGGCAUUAUUUAUAAUGCUAAAAGUAUUAAAAACUUUUACGACGACCCCACCGAUGAUAAUGAUGAACAAGAUAUUAAAAAUGGUAAAGAUAUUAAUAAUACCAGCAUGGACAGUGCGUUUGAAGGGUCAGGCGCUGAUGAUGACCCGUACGCCAGCACCUGUGGUAUGGGCUCGUGGCGACCCAAAUGGCUACAGAUGUUCGCCACUCCGACCUAUUUUGUGAUCAACUUCUCACUGAUAGGUGUCGUCCAGUCCAUGGCAGCCGUCUAUUACAUCACAUGUAUGGCCACAUUGGAGAAGAGGUUCGCAUUUGACUCGAAAUUAUCGGGUCUUAUAUUCAUCGCCGAUAACUUCUCCGACAUUCUGUUAAGUCCAAUUGUUGGCUACUUCGGCAAACGUGUCAACAGGGCUCGUAUGAUAGCAGCCGGUGAACUGGUUAUAGCCCUGUCCUGUUUCCUGUUAGCUCUGCCCUACUUUAUCUACGGGCCGGCCACACACCUACUACACGAUGACAGCCUACUGUCCACUACGUUAUCGGCCAAUGAGACCCGAUAUGAGUUGUGUCCGGCAAAUAACAACGACGGGACAGACUGUUUGACGGGAAAGUACUCGACUAAUUGGGUGGCAGUUGUGAUCCUUAUCUUUGGUAGCGCUACGAGAGGCGUGGGAUUUACGGCCUAUUUUGUGGUCGGACUGCCAUAUAUUGACGACUUCAUCAGCAAAAAUAGUUCACCACUUUAUAUGAGUUUCCUUUCGGCCGUCAGACUUAUAGGACCAGCCCUGGGAUACCUACUGUCCUCCCUAUGUUUGAAUGACCCAGGUAUAGAGCCCACUGACCCUCGUUAUGUGGGAGCAUGGUGGAUUGGAUUUUUAAUAACGGGUACAACGCUAACCAUCGCAACACUUCCUAUGUUUUUAUUCCCUAAAGAACUCAAGAAGACAAUUGAAAACAUGGAUAAUUCAAAACAAAUCACACAAAAACCUAAACAGAAUAUGAAAGGAAAGUUAGCUGCCCUCAAACGUAUGGUCAGUAACCCAUUCCUAAUGCUACAUAUGUUGGGCGAUACGCUACGAUAUAUGGGAACAUCCGGGUUCUUUAUGUUCAAGGCCAAGUACGUUGAGUCCCAUUUCCGAGUGUCCAGUUCCAGUGCCAGCCUAUUGACGGGAACCUCAUCUAUAUUUCCGAUGGCUAUAGGGUGUUUGUUAGGCGGCGCGAUGAUUAGCAGAUUUAAACCGCGACCCCGCACCCUGGUCACCUAUAUUUUUUUGGUGGGGCUAUUCUCGGCCGCAGGUGUGUUCAUUGCUAUGUUUAUGUCGUGCCCGUCCCUACACAUGGGACCUACACUUUUGCAAAAUGGUUCAAUGACUACGGGUUGCAAUCAGCCCUGUGAUUGUACUACCAGUGUAUUCACACCGGUAUGUUCGGCAGACCAGUCCACCACAUAUUUCUCACCAUGUUUUGCUGGAUGUCAUCAAAUGGACAAAAAUAACAAUACAUUAUCGGAGUGUUCAUGUAUUAGACAGUUAGAAGGAAUGCCUACAACUGGUUACUGCAAAAAGGAUGUUAAUAACUGCGACCAUAAACUAUACCCAUACCUAAUUGCAUUAACCAUUGGACAAAUAAUAUCGUCCACCGCAUGGACGGGUAGUAUGUUAUUCACUCUUAGGAGUGUGGAUGAGGAUGAUAAGAGCCUUGCGUACGGCAUCACCCUCUCAUUUAUGGCCCUUUUUGGUUUCAUGCCGUAUCCGAUAAUAUUCGGUGCGAUCACAGACUCGGCGUGUUUAGUGUGGGAGAGUAAGUGUGGUAAGCGGGGUAACUGUUGGAUAUAUGACCAGGACAAGUUCAGGUAUCGGUUUCACGGGACUGCCGUUGCGUUCAUGACUGUGGGCUCACUCAUAGACUUCGGGAAGAUUUUUCUGACCAAAUAUAUUAAAGACUUUUAUGACGACCCCAUCGCUGAUGAUACACAUAGGGAAAGGUCGGACAGUGCUGAUGAUGAUGACCCGUACCUCAACACGUGUGGUAUGGGCUCGUGGCGACCCAAAUGGCUACAGGUGUUCGUGAGUCCCACCUAUUUUAUCAUCAAUUUCGCAGUGAUCGGUAUAAUACAGAACUUUACCGCAACUUAUUUCAUCGCAUCCAUGAGUACUCUGGAGAAGCGGUUUGCCUUCGACUCCAAGAUAUCGGGGUUUAUAAUAAUUGCCGACAAUUUCGCACAAAUUCUGCUAAGUCCGAUCGCCGGCUAUUUGGCUAGUCGUUACAACCGGCCCCGUAUGAUAGCAGGGGGUGAACUGAUUAUAGCUCUGUCCUGUCUUCUCACAGCUCUGCCCUACUUUAUCUACGGGUCGGCCACACACCUACUACACGAUGAGAGCCUACUGUCCGCUAAAUUAACCUCAAAUCAGACUCGAUAUGAGUUGUGUCCGGCGGAUAGUAACGACGGGACCGACUGUUUAUCGGGAAAACACUCGACUGUAUGGCUGGCAGUGGUGUUACUAUGGAUCGGUAGUGUCAUGAGAGGCGUGGGGUUUACCGCCUUUUUUAUAAUCGGUGUCCCCUAUAUCGACGAAUCUGUCGGCAAAAACAAUUCACCCGUUUAUAUGAGUGCAUUGAUGUCGUUGAGACUAUUAGGGCCGGCCGGGGGUAUACCACGUAAUGACCCCCGAUUUGUUGGUGCAUGGUGGAUUGGCUUCGUAGUAAUCGCCAUCGCUUUAUCCAUUGUCUCAUUUCCGAUGCUAUUAUUUCCCAAACAAAUUAAAAAGACUAUUAAAACCUCAUUCACUACUAAACCAAAUAAACGAGGAAUGGUAGCCGCACUCAAACGUAUAUUUACUAAUCCAUUUCUAAUAACACAUCUGGUGGGCAGUACGUUAAGAUAUAUGGGAACGGGAGGUUUUUAUCUGAAUAAGCCAAAGUAUAUUGAGUCCCAUUUCCGAGUGUCCAGUGCCAGAGCCAACCUAUUGACGGGAACUACAUCUAUUCUACCUUUAGCCAUAGGGUGUAUGUUAGGCGGUGGGCUAAUUACCUGGAUAAAGCCACGUCCCCGUACCCUGGUCAUCUAUAUGUUUAUAGUGGAACUAUUCUCGAAUGCCGGUGUGUUCACCGGUAUGUUUACGGUGUGUCCGGCAAUUCAGUUGGCGCCGACACUUGUUCAUAAUAACGGAUUUACUAUGAAUGUCGGGUGUAACCAGGGAUGCGGGUGCACUACCCGGGUGUUCACACCUACUUGUUCAGCAGACAAGUCUACCACAUACUUCUCUCCAUGUUUUGCCGGUUGUAGUCUAAUGGACAGACAUAAUAAUACAUUAUCUGGCUGUUCGUGUAUUGGAGACUAUGGAGGAAUGGCUACCAAUGGGUACUGCGAAAAGGAUGUCAAUCACUGCGACAAUAAGCUAUACACUUAUUUGCUGGCGCGUGGACAGGCAAUAUUUUGCUUACAAUGCGGUUUCAUUCCCUAUCCAUUAAUAUUUGGUGCAAUUGUGGACUCGGCAUGUCUGGUGUGGGAGAGUAAGUGUGGUAAGCAAGGUAACUGUUGGAUAUAUGACCAGGACAAGUUCAGGUACUAUUUGCACGGUGCAGCAAUUGCAUUCAUGAUGGUAGGCUCGCUCAUGGAUCUGGGAUUGAUUUUUAUGUCCGGGUAUAUCAAACAGUUUUAUGACAGUCCCAUCACUGAUCAUAACGAAAAGGAUGAUAAACGUGUCAUUCCUAUGACUAGCGUUUCGUUAGAUACCGGUGCCGUUGAUAGUAAUGAUGCUAAUGAUAAACAUGACAAGUUCAGGUACUAUUUGCACGGUGCAGCAAUUGCAUUCAUGAUGGUAGGCUCGCUCAUGGAUCUGGGAUUGAUUUUUAUGUCCGGGUAUAUCAAACAGUUUUAUGACAGUCCCAUCACUGAUCAUAACGAAAAGGAUGAUAAACGUGUCAUUCCUAUGACUAGCGUUUCGUUAGAUACCGGUGCCGUUGAUAUUUUGUUUGCAAAACACAAUUUCAUUUUUGUUGUGAAAAACCUAACGACUCAACCAAACCCUACAAUGAAAGCCAUUCUCGCACUCGUUAUCAUCGCUGUGGCCAUAGCUGUGGUCACCUCUCAGUACGUCGUGGGAUAUGGCGGUGGAUACGGCUAUCCCUAUGGCGCGGCCCGUGUCGGCUACGGUGGCUAUUAUGGUGGUUACGCCGCACCAGCCGUUGCCUAUAGAUCACCCCUGGCUUACGGAUAUGGUGGCGCCCGUAUUUUAUUGUUUAACAAC